GGUGAACCAAGAGGAUUUGCGGCGCUUGAUGCGGGAGAAGAAGCGUUCGACGGAGCGCGAUAAGCGCGUGGACUCGCCGCACGCCCGAUACAGUAGUGCGGGUCAGCUGAGCUGCGCGCUGUGCAACGCGCCGGUGAAGUCCGCGCUGCUGUGGCACACUCAUGUACUGGGCAAGACACACAAGGACCGAGUCAGCGAGCUGAAGAACAGGGAGAACACCCCCUCAUCAUCCUCAUCCUCACUGCUGAAGAGCAGAACAGCACCCGCUCCUUCAUCAUCAUCUUCCUCAUCCUCACUGCUGAAGAGAGGCGCGCCCGAGCCCGCGAGUUCAGCAUCAGCAGAAGGGAAGAGAGCCAAGACCCGCGUCACUGCAGGAGUGUCUGAGUGAGCAAGUGCAGAUCCUUCAGGGAAAGAUCUCCGUUCUGGAGGAUGAACUCCUGAAAGCUCAGUCUCCGGACAGAGGAGAGGUUUUGGGACCCAUCAU